AGUCCCGCCUUCCGGCGCUUCUAGCCAAUGGGAGGAGAGCUGGGCGAGAGCCGGGGCUAGGUGCUGGUAUAAAAGAUGAGGCUGAAUGAGAGCCGGACAAGAUCCUUCCAGGCUCCUGUCACCGUCCAUAAUUACCCGGGCAGGCAGGUGUACGUGUUUCCCCGUGGCCAGUCUGAGUCAGAAGAGUCAUCAGAGGAGGAACUCAACGUUACAGAAUUGCGGCCGAGGGGCAAGGAGCAGCAGCGAUGCACCUCUCGGGACAGAGUCGGGGAUGUGGUACUUCUGGAACGAGAGAUUACAGAGGAUGAUAAUCUUAACAAGCUAGCUCUGCAGUAUGGUUGUAAAGUCGCGGAUAUCAAACGCGUCAACAACUUCAUCCGGGAGCAGGACUUGUACGCGCUGAAGUCCAUCAAGAUCCCGGUGAAGACCCACGGGCUGCUAACAGAGGACGGCGGAGAACUAAGGCCGCUCCCGCCUGCGCCCUCCCAGGCCGGCCUGACGCUCGUGGCCUUGCCGGAGCCCGAUGACGGCGCGAGCGGCCCUGCUGACGGCAGGCACCUGAGCGACUACUUCAGGGAGAUUGAUGAGAGCAUUCAGGACGCGGUGCAGGCGGAGGUCCAGCUGAACGCCGAGUAUUGCACGGACGCGCUGGAGAGGCCGCCGCCCGAGUCGGGGAAGCGGGAGACCGGCAGUGGUGCGGACUGUGGCAUCCAGUGGUGGAACGCCGUUUUUAUUAUGCUCCUGAUAGGAAUUGUCCUGCCAGUAUUUUAUAUCAUCUACUUUAAAACACAAGGCCUGGUGGCCCAUACCUCCAACACACCACCAACCUCAAAUAUUUCAACAGAUGGAUUGGAAGGGAAUUUACCACAAAGCUCAGUUCUAGAAAAAAAAAUCCUAAGGGGGGGAGAGGCCACCAGGCACAGCCCCUCCUCCCGCCACUGAAGCCCGUACGCCAGUGACUCCGGCUGGAGCGCGUUCAGGGGGAUCACACUACAGAUUGGUUUUAUUUUUGUAAGUAGCUGAUGUUGUAAUCCUGAAUGGGACUGAAAGUGAGGUGAUGCGAUAUUUUAUGGAAGAAUAAGGAUGCUUUGCUUAUAAAGGUCUUCAGGCAGCGGGCUUAACGUUCGUGACCGCUGCUGCGGGGAAGUAUUUUGUAGCAAUUUACACAUCCUGGUUGCUUCAGGUAUUCCUUAAGGCCAUGUCCAAGAGGCAAAGCCUUUGCUGCUGGGAUAGAGUGCAGUAUUAAUGUGUCGGGGAGGUUUGGGGGCUGUUUGUGUUUUAAGAAAACACUUUUUACUUAAGAGUAGAAUCAGGGGCUCUUCAUUUUCUCUGCAGUGGCAUUUUUAGCUCUUGCAGACCAUGGCAAUGUUAGCAUACUUACUUAACCCUAAAAUGAUGGCUUCCGGUGUGUUAAGCUAGGUGUGCCUCACCUUUCCAGCCUUUUGAGCAAAGGUUUAAGCUAUGUUUAACUGGGAAGGGUGAGCCCAGACCUCUUCCCCUCAAUGAAAUCCUUGAGAGACUUCUCUUGGUGUCUCUGCAGGCAGAGCCCAUGGCAGAAUCGUGCUUUCGCGAGGGUAGCGCUCGUCCAGAGCCAAGGCUUCAGCAUGACCCAGAGGGCCAGUGAGCACUGGAGGAGGUGAGAGUAGCGUUAGGCCUGCGGGUACAUCGUGUGUGUGUCUCAAAGGCUCCUUUGAGGGGGCAGGUCCAGGCAGGGUUAUGUUUUUGGGGGUGGUGGGGGGGACUCCAUAAUGGUGCAUCUCAAAUAGCCACUGAUUUGUAGUCGUCACAUGAGCGCACAUUGCUGAGCUGCGUUUAAUGUGCAAGGGCCAGGAAAUAAGCCCUGCAUUACCUUAGCAGUCAUGGAAGGAAGUGUAAACCCUGUUUAGGCCAGGGCUGGGCAGCUGCUGCAUGGUCAAGGUUUCUGUUUGCCUUGAGAAGCUGCUGAGCUGUGUAGGAAAGCCCAGCAGCGCUUUGGUGGCUGCUGGGGCCCGAGGCGUCGGCCAGCCUGAGGGCGGUGCUCGUUGGGAUGGGCCGGAGAACGCUCCAGGCUAGGCGUGAGUGGGAAAGGCGGCUUGGGGGAGUGGUGCUGCAGGGAAGAAUUGGCCUUAAAGAUUUAAUUCAGGGAUAGCGGGCAGCCGUAAACUCCCUCCUAGCCUCAGACACGAAGGUAUUUGUGCAGCACGGUUGCACGAAGCCUGCCCGGGGAGGGGAUGAUGCCGGGGGUAAGCGAUGGCCAGCUGACCGUGAGCAGCGGCCGCAUCUUUCAGCAGCGCAGCGCAGCGAGGCACUGGCUUGGCUUCUGGGGGUCAGGGGGGUUUAUGGGUUUGUUUUUGUUGUUGCCGCUCAUAGCCCCACGCGCGAGGCCGAAGCUGGGCGCGCGCCGGCUGCGGCGCAGGCGCGCCUUGUACAGGUGCGAGCGCUCCCUGGCCUGGGGCGCCGCAGCACCGUGUCAGUGCGGGGAGGCGAUGGCGCGAGGCUUCCCGGCAAGGGGCGGCACCGCACGGUGUUCGGGCCGUAACCUGUGGGUCCUGCAACUGUCAAAACAAAAAAGCGCUCAGGAAGGCCUGAGGGAACCUAAUUGUGUAAACGAGGACACUAAAGUAUCUUAUACGGGGGAAAAAACCCACCUUGUAUUUUUCUUCUGUGAAGGAAAUGUUGGGGGGUGGGGGUUUAAUACAUGGUUUCAAUAAAGCACAAAUGGCACCAACCA